CCGUAAACCUCGAAAACCAACCAGCCGCCAAUUCAAUCCUGGUCACAGACACGGGAAUGUAGUCUGAUGAGUCACAGGAAGAUUAGAAAAUCUGCAAAGCUCCAUGCUUGUCGGUGGAUGAAGGCCAAGUAAGAAAGAAGAAAGCACGUUGUCUCAACCAAGGUCUUCACACAGUCAAGCACAAGCAACAAGAACCUACUGGAAUACACGGCUGCUGGGAUAUUGGAGACAGUUUCUAACUUCGCAGAUCCGGUUUCAGACCAGGCAACGUCUUCAGAGUCAUAACUUCUCCAGCUCAACUUUUCUCCAGCACAGGUUCAUAGCCGAUUUUGCGGUCUCACAUUAUUUCCAGCCCAGGCAAUCAAACAACUACAGUUCAACUCAAGAUCCCCAAGUUGUGCACAAGCAAACAAGUUAGUUGUACACCACACAUCUCAUUUUUCUACCAGGUAGAUCUUUCUUCGAAUACUAUUGCAAAAUGUCACGUUCUCGAGGAGUCAGUUCCGAUACUCGCACCACCUUCAUCACCACAGAUUCUCUGUCGGCUGAUGAUGAGUUUGACCGCGAAUCCAUGUGCUCUUCCAUCCCUGAGGAAGAACAUGAAGAAAGUAUGAGGAGUUGCUCCUACCCGACCAAAGGUCAAAACAACAAUUCCCAAAAAGCCGCCAACAGCCAAGGCCAAGACGAUGAGCAAUACUUCAAUGCUUGGGUCCGAUUCAUGAACCACGUCCGCCACACACUUACGGAGUUUGUCGUCAUGGUGUCCACUGUAGCAGCAAGGAACCCCAAGAGGACAGUCUGCAUUGUUCCUCUUCUCGCCAUGACAUUCAUUGUUGUGGGUCUGUUCACCAACUUCAACAUGGACAUUGGUGCCGAUGUCAUUUACACACCCUACGGCAGCCGUGUUGGAUCUCACCAGCGCUGGGUCGAGCAAGAGUCUGGCUUCCCCAAAAUGCAUCGCAAUCUUCGCAUGAUCCUCUACAGCUACCAAGGCGGCGAAUCUGUCUUGAGCAGGAAAGGUGUAGAAGGUGUCAUUUCUGCCAUUGAUGCUGUCAGAGACAUACCUGGAUACGACGAAACUUGUGCUGAAUCCACCUACAAGAAUGCCCAAGGCAUCCACACCUGCGAGAUCCGAAGUGUCGCCAACUUUUGGAAUAUCUCCAUUGACACGUUCCGAGGAAAGGUCCCCACCGAUGUAGAUGUCAGAAUGCAAGUUUCCAAGAAAAAGUUCCCCGACAAGAGCCCAGUCGACAUCCCUGGAAUCAUGGGAAACACCAAUAUUCGUGGUACGGACAUUAUCAGUGCUCAGGCUUUCUUCAUUGACAUUGCCCUUCCUUCAACAGCCAAAGACUUUGAAAGCGAGGCAUUGGACGCUGUCCUCUAUCUUCGAGAGCGAUGGGAAGAAAACCGCCACCUCUCGCUAGAAGUGUUGGCGUACAGCUCCUUGGAAGAUGAAACCUUGCGGUCCGUCAUGCAAGAUAUCCCUCUGGUUCCUGGUGUCUUCGUCAUCAUGAGCCUCUUUUGCUGUUUCAUCUUCUCAAGACGACACAAGGUCCAAUCGCGAAGUCUGUUGGGAUUGGGGGCUGUCGUCAGUGUGCUGCUCAGUGUCGCCAGCGGAUACGGUAUCAUGUUCAUCAUUGGUGUCAACUUUACUAGCGUGGCCCAGAUCCUCCCGUUUGUAAUGUUUGGAAUUGGUCUGGAUGAUGCAUUCAUCGUCAUGGGUUCUUACCUUCGCACUGAUCCUGAAAAGGACGUAGUGGACAGGAUUCAAGAGACCAUGAGGGACAUUGGUCUCAGCAUUGUUCUUACAACCAUCACCACCACUAUGGCUUUCGGAUUGAUGGCCCUUUCCAAGAUUCCUCUCAUGUAUUGGUUGUCCUUCUACGCCAUGACAACCAUGUUGAUUGUCUUCUUCUACACAAUCACAUUCUUUGUCGCCCUGCUCGUCUUGGAUGAAAACCGCAUCAAAGAAAACCGAAUGGACUGCUGUGUCUGCAUUACAGUGGACGAAGUUGAAGAUGGCGACACAAUGGAUACUGCGGAGUCCAUCAUGGAAGAGGGCAGUGUGGCCGUGACCUUUAAGACCGUGCCCAAGAAGAAAGAGAUCAAGGCAGACGACGAGACCAACAAUGCUCUUAUUGCUUUCAUGGCGUGGUAUGCAGACAUCUUGAUGAAGCCCGCGGUGAAGGCCAUUGUACUGGUGGGAUUUGUGUCCUUUGUUGCAUUCUGUGCCUACAGCACUUCACUCUUCUCUCAAGCAUUCAACGUCACUGAAAUGUUGCCCGGGGACUCGUAUGCAAAGGCUUACUUGGCGGCCUCCAACGAGUACGGCCAGCGGGGAUGGGUCGUCCCAUCUGCAUACUUUCGUGACGUGGACCAAUCCGACGAGGAUAUCCAGGCACAGAUGGAGGACUACGUGAACUCUCUUGUUGAGAUCGACUCCAUCACCAGCCAACCCCCUCUUUUCUGGUUGAGACACUUCAAGGAGUUCCUUACCUAUGACGAACGCCUUGGGGACUUGACCUUCAACGAACAAAUUGACAUCUUCCUGUCCCAUAGCCCCUUUAGGGAGCUUUAUGGACCUCACAUUGUCCGCAAUUCGACCGGUGACAUUGUCGCUUCCCGGUGCGUCUUGUACAUGGACAAUAUUGACGUUAAUAGCGUGCAAAGCCAGCUUCUUGCCUUGCAUCAACAACGGAACGCCAGCCUCACGGCCCCCGUCAACGUUGGAGAGGCUGAGUUUAAGUUCUUCGCUUGGGAAUGGAAUAUGUUCAUUUGGGACUUCUACGACAUCACUGCUGCAGAGUUGACUUCAACAACGAUUUUGGGUGUGAUCAGUGUUUGCGUCGUAGGGUUUGCCUUCAUCCCCCAUUGGUCGGCCAUCUUCUUCCUUUUCCCCUUCAUCUCCAUCCUCUACAUCGACCUGAUGGGAUUCCUCCAGUUCACCGGAAACAACUUGAACGCUGUUAGUUACUUCUCCUUGGUCAUGUCGAUCGGUCUCUUGGUCGACUUCUUGAUGCACGUGCUCCUAAGGUACCAUGAGUGCCCGGGAGAAACACGAGAAGCAAAGGUCAAGGAAGCUCUCAAAUCCAUGGGGGCUUCGAUUCUUGUUGGUGGCCUUUCCACUCUUUUGGGCGUUGUCCCUUUGGGCUUCAGCUCAAGCGAACUAAUGCGCACAGUAUUUGUUGCUUUCAUGGGCAUGGUGGCGCUUGGCAUUUCUCAUGGUCUGGUUGUCCUCCCGGUAGUCUUAUCCUUGGUUGGACCCAUCACAACAGUACCGCAUCACGUCACCUCUUCCACUUCUAAGAAAUCAGUUCCUGAAUCACAAGGAAAGCUUCAAUCUCAACCAAGCAGCAAGAAGCUCGAAUCAGAACCAAGUACCAAGAAAUUGCAAACCCUGCCAAGCACCCCCAUCCUCCAGACCCAUCAAAGCCUCCGGGAGCUUUACGCUGAGCCAACACCAAGGCAGCGAGGCCCCAAGGAAGUAGACGUCGAUGACAUGAUGUCUUGGGAUGGCGAGAUUGACUUCAUGUCUCAAGGCUCGAUGGACGACCCAAACGAGGUCGAAUGUUAGCGGGGAGUAGCUUGGCAGAAAGCUUCAUAUGAACAAAGUCACAAAGAACAACUUUAGAAUAAACUGUAACAUAGAAUGAUUCGAUU